AUUUUUAAAACGCGCUGCUUGAAAACGACGCGCGAACGUUCGACGAUCCUCAGUAGAACGAGCCAAACCAGUAAGAUCUAUAAAAUCUGAAAAAAUCUUCGCCAUCAAUCAUGGCUUCAUUAGCAGCAAAACCCAAGUCGGACAUGACUCCAGAGGAAUUGGCACAGAGAGAACAAGAAGAAUUUGCAACAGGCCCACUCUCUAUACUCACUCAAUCUGUCAAAGACAAUGCCCAAAUUCUCAUCAAUUGCAGAAACAACCGUAAACUGCUUGCCAGGGUCAAAGCGUUUGACCGCCAUUGCAACAUGGUUUUGGAAAAUGUCAAGGAAGUUUGGACAGAGACUCCAAAGGCUGGUAAGGGAAAGAAGAAGGGUAAACCUGUAAACAAGGACAGAUACAUUGCCAAGAUGUUUUUACGUGGUGACUCGGUCAUUUUGGUUUUAAGAAAUCCUCGAGCUGGUGGUGGAAAAUAAUGAAACAAAAUGAGUUCUGGGGAUAUUGUAUCACAUCUUGAACUGCAUGAUUUUGCAACCAGUAAAAGAUAACAUAGUUUGUAACCUUGGAUGAUUGCAUAUUUUUAAUACCAUGUGUAUUAUAGCUUAAUCUCAUACUGUAAUUUAUCAUGCUAAUUUGUAAAGACAAAGGUUAACUUUACUAUUUGGAAGUUAAAUCUGAAUGUUUCUUCUAACCAAA